ACUUAUAGUUAGUUACCAAAACGUAUUAUUGCCGAAUUGCAAGCGUGGGCCUUGCACCCGUCGGGGGGCCCACCACGGUUUGUGCUGCUAUGUGUGCUUGUCGACCUGCCAGUUGGUCGCGAGACUGUCAAUGGCGGUAGUUUGACUAGCCGUGUGCUAUGACACGGCACCCGAAGCUUGCAAACGUCGCCGAUAGCAUCCUGAGCAUCGUUCUCUGCGGGAGAGGUCGCCGCUCGAAUAGAGAUACCGGAGGAACAUCAACCAGGGGCGACGACUGGACGUUCAGGCGCCCCCUGGGUCCCAUUACGGAGGGCGCAGGCGCUCAGAGAGUUCAGAUGAACUAUCAGCAGGGUCCCCAAAGUUACCCGCAGCAGUAUGCUCCACCGCAGCCUACAUCGGAGGAGCAGGCCAUCAGCAUUGCCUUGGCUCAAAGCGUUGUAGACCACGAGGCCUGGCGACACCGGGAGCGCGAGCUGCAGGCUGCACAGGCGCACCGAGUUGUCAAGUCAAGCGCCGCAGAGGCGGCCUCGCAAAAGUUCUGGCGAGAAGGAAGCCUUGGCUACGGUGAGGUCGUUGCGGAUGGCUUCUACGACAUAUAUGGGGAUUUCCCGGAGGUUUGCGAGGGCCCCAACCAGUUCCCUGCGCUGGCGGACCUGCGAAAAGUUCGGACGGGGUCCGGCGAUGUGCGCGAGGUUGUGCUGAUCGACCACGAGGAGGACCAGGGGCUACUGGCGGUGGAGGAGCAGCUGAGCGAGGCCAUGGAGGAGGCCAAGCCCGCGGACGUGGCCGCCAGGAUACAGGUGGUCGCCCGUGUUGUGUGUGAGCGGUUCGGCGGCGCCUACGACACCGAGGCGGCACUGGACCACUUCUGGCACGCCUCCAGCGCGGCGGAGAAGCGGCGUACACGCUCGGCGGUGGUCCCGCUGUGCCGGCUGGAUGUGGGCUCCGCCCGCCACCGCGCGCUGCUGUUCAAGGUGCUGGCGGACGCCGCCAAGCUGCCGUGUCGCCUGGUGCGCGGCGCCGCGCUGUGCGGCAGCGAGGCCGGCGUGGUGGUGCUGGUGGCGGUGCCGGCGGCCACUGGGGCCGGCGGGGGCAGUCGCAGCGGUGGGGAGUGGGUGGUGGACCUGGUGUACGAGCCGGGGCGGCUGUACGGGCCGCAGGAGUACUGCGCGCUGGUCAAAUCCAAGCGGACACGCUCGGACAGCUGGCACCGCAACGGCUCCGCCUCCACGCUUGCGGCGGCCGUGGAGACGUCGGCGGUCAGCAGCAGCAGCGCCAGCAGCGUGGCCACCGUGAGCACACCCGCUGCGGUGACGGGCGCGGCCGGGUCGGGCGAGGCUUUGGGGCCCGCCUCCGGCAACCUGCUGACCGCGCCGCCCCACUCCGUCUCCACUGCCUCUCUUCAGUCAGCAGCCGCCGCGGCAGCAGGGUCCACGGGCUCGCAGUCCACGCCGGCGCUGAGCAGCCCGCGCACGGCGCUGCCGCGGCCGUUGGUGGCGGUGCCGCCGGUGCCGGGCCCGGGCGCCUUUAGCUCCUCCCUGCCCAACUCGGGCGGCGGCAGCAGCAUGCACGGGCACGGACAGCACGGCGGCGGCGUGUGGGGCUCAGGCCUGAGCGUGCACCCGCAGGGGCAGCACGGCGGUGGCAGCGGCAGCGGCGGCGCCGGCACCGGCGCUGGUGCCGGCGGCGCUGGGCCGGCCAUUGCCGGUAGCCGCGUGCGCUUCACCAUCACCGACCUUCCCAAGUCGGGCAGCGGCACGCCGCACGUGUCCACCUCCAUCACGACCGCGUCCUCCUCUUCGCCGCACGGGCACCUGAGCACAUUGGGCGCGGGCGGGCACGCGGCACCGGGGGCGUUGCACUCGAGCGGGGGCUCGGCGGGCGCGACGGUGGGCUCAGCGCCGCAUGCGUCCUCGCAUGUGCCGCACGUGCGAAUAGGGCCAGUGGCGGCGGGGCCGACCGGCGGCGCGGGCGCGUUGCAGCACUGCACCGCCAUCGCGCCGCCGCCAGGCACUGCUGCCGGCCCGGGGCCAGGGUCAGCGGCGGCCGCUGGGAGUUCUGGCGUUGGCGGCCCCGCGUCCCGGCAUGCGAACCUACCGCACAGUAAAGCGCGGUCCAUGUUGGACCUGCACGGCAACAGCGUUGGCGGCGACCUCAUCCGCCUCGACUCGGAGCCGCUGCCGCCGCCGGAGGUUUGUCCCACGCCCACCGGCGCGGGGCACCACCACCCGCCGCACGUCACGGCGGCGCAGGUGCCGCACAAGCAGCAGGCGUCGCUGGACGCAAACGGCUGGGUGAAGUUCAGCGGCAGCUUCGGCCGUGCGCCCACGCCGCACAAGGAUGAGGCGACGGGGCACACCCCGUCGCGGCUGGGCCAGCAGGGCGCGCCUCCGCCGUCGGUGGCGCCAGGCCAGCUGGGCGCGUCCCUCCUGGCAGCAGCCGGCGCCAACGGUAUGCCCACACACCCGCACCCACAGCAGCAGCCGCGCCAGCCGCACCAGCCCCAGCUGCCCACGCACAUGGAGUCCUCCGGCAGCCUGACCGGCAUGGGCAACCCGCCUUCGCCAGCAGACAGUGCCGGCAACGGCAACGGCAACGGCGGCUCCGGCUCCGGGUCGGGCGCCCACUGCAACGGCAUCUCCUCAGCCUCGUCGGGCCUCGCGGCGCAGCCGACGCUGUCGGCGAUGCCGCCGACGGGGCUGCCUGUGGUCACGACCGGUGCGACGGGGCUGUCUUCGGCUUCGCCGUUCGCGCACUUCAUGCUGCCGGGGGGCAUGUCGCUGUCGCUGCCUGGCGCCGCCGUGGCGGCCGGUGUGGGCGCGGCUGCGGGCCAGCAGGGCGGCGGCGGGGGCGGCAUCAGCACAGAGGCCACCGUCAGCAGCGCAGGCUCCACGCAGGGCGGCGCCGCUGCCACUGCUGCUGCUGCUGCGCCAGCGCAGGGACCAGCGUCCGGCAAGCCACCGACCGGGGCACCAGGCGCAGGUGCCGGGGGGCUGCCGCACGCCACAGUGAGCGCCGCGUCGCCGUUCCAGGCGGCGCAGCUGGGACUGGGCACGGGCCCGCAGCAGCGCAGCUCGCUGCCGCAGCACCUCGCAUCCUCCUUCCCCACCCUGCACCCGCAGCACCAGCCCCUGCCGCAGCUGACCUCGCAGCAGCAGCAGCAGCAGCCGAACUUGGCCUCGCCGCCGCUGGCUCCCGGGCAACGGCAGCAGGCGACGCCCACCGGCCUUCCCGCCGGCUUCAUGCCCCACGCCGCCACCACCAUCACCACCGGCGCGGGCGGCAACGCGCUCUACACGCCGCCGCCUAAGGACGCGGGCACCAGCAGCAAGGCCCCGUCGCCGGCGCUGUCCACGCCGCUGGCGCUCACCGCCUCGUCGGCGCAGUCCACACCGGGCAAUGCGGCGCCGGUCGAGAGCAUACCCUUCGCCGACCUGUCGCCCUGGUACAAUGGCACCAACGCCAACCCAGCCGCGGCCGGCGCCACCGGCGGGGGUGCGGCGGGCGGCAGGGCGGGCGCGGGUGUCGGUGCAGGCCGCCCAGGCCAGGGAGGGUUGCUGCCGCCGGCACAGGCGUCCACCGCUGACCCUGCGGAGGACAGGGCGAGCAAGGCGCGCAGUGCGACCUUCUUCGCCGACCUCUCGCCCUUCAACAACGGAGUCGGCGGCCCUGGCGGCGGCGCCGGUGGGCGCGACAACACGCCGCCGGGCGGCCACGCCCGCGGCGCCGGCCGCCAGUCGCCCAUUGUGGAGAUGCCCAGCAGCGACAACAGCCGCGACACCACGCCGCGUAUGUCCUUCACCAACGUCCCGGACAACGGCCACAUGCUGCUGCCUGGUGGCGGCGCCGGCGGGCCGUCGUCAUGGAGCGAGAGCACCGUUGACAUGAUGGGACGGCUGCGGAUAGGCACGGCCUCGGGCACGGGCAUGGGCAGCCGCGCUGAUGCGUCGGUGGGCCGGCUGGGCUCGCACGGGCACCACGCGUCGGCCGGCAGUGGCGGCGGCCAGCUGGUGCUGCACGGGCAGUCGAUGCAGCAGAUGCAUUUGGCCACCACCACGGGGCAGGGGCAGACGUUUGCGCCCAUGGGCCAGGCGAUGGGCGCGGGAACGGGGCUGGGGCAGGCGGCGGCGGCGGCGGCGGUGGCGGAGCAGCAGCGGCAGCGCGAGAUGGCCAUCACGCUGUACCAGCAGGGCAUGCAGGGCGGCCCCAACAGCCUGCAGCUCAUUAGCCAGGCCAUGGCGCUGGCACAGGCGGCGGGCAUGAUCAACCUCAACCCCACCCCCGGCGCGGGCGCGAUGACCAACCUGGCCCACAUGCAGCAGAUGCACGUGAUGCAGUCGCCGUUUGGCGCACCCGCCGGCUGGCCGCAUGGGCUCGGGCACGGGCACGGGCCGCAGCAGGGCCAGGGCUUUGGCGGUGCGCAGCAGCCGCUGCUGCUCGCCCCGCAGCAGAUGGGGCUGUUGGGCAUGGGGCCGGGCGCCAUGGGCGGAGGAGCAGGGGCGGUGCAGGGCCCCGGCACCGCGCUGCACCCCUGGGCGGCGCAGGCGUGGGUUGCCGCGAACCAGCACCAGCAACACCAGCAGCAGCAGCUGCAGCAGCAGGUCCCGACCUUCCAGCCCCAUUUCCCGCCGCCGCAGCCCGGCGGCGGCGCGCAGAGCUUGUCGCAGCAGCAGCAUCAGCAACAGCAGCAGCGGCAGCAGUCCGCCUUUAUGAUGCACUCGGCGUUCAUGCAGCAGCAACAGGGCAUGGCGCAGCAACAGCAGCUUCAUCAACAUCAACAGCAGCAGCAACAGGCGCACAUGGAACGCAACUCCAGCUUCGCUACCACUACGACCACCACGACCACCGUCGUCCGCCAGACGACGCAAGUGGUGGAGACAUCCGCAGCCGCCGUGUCCUCGGCGCAGCAGCAGGGUGGCGUGGCGUCAGCAGCUGCCGGCGCCAUCGGCCUCGCGCACGAGAUGACAAUACCGUCGGCGUCGCGGCUAGCGGCGCUGCAGGCCGCCGGCGCGGCGGCGGCGGCGGGCGGUGUCUCGGCUGUGAGCGACGGCGGCGCUGCAGGCGUGAGCUCUCCUCUGGGCCUGCAGCCGACGCUGUCUGUGACGUCCACCAUGCCUCUGCCGCCGCACUACAAAGACCUGGAGAUCGACCCCAAGGAGCUCACGCUGGGGCAGCGCAUCGGCAUUGGCAGCUACGGCGAGGUGUACAAGGGCAGCUGGCGCGGCACGGAGGUUGCAGUGAAGCGCUUCCUGGAGCAAAACCUGUCGCCGCCCACCAUCCGCGACUUCCGUGACGAGGUGCUCAUCAUGAGCAAGCUGCGCCACCCCAACAUCGUGCUGUUCAUGGGCGCCGUCACGCAGAGCAACCAGCUGGCCAUCGUGACGCAGUUUGUGGCGCGCGGCAGUCUGUUCCGGCUGCUGCACCGCACCAAGGAGGUGCUGGACCCGCGCCGCCGCCUCAACAUGUCGCUGGACAUUGCCAAGGGCAUGGAGUACCUGCACAACUGCAAGCCGGUGCUGGUGCACCGCGACCUGAAGAGCCCCAACCUACUGGUGGACCGCGACUGGACCGUCAAGGUGUGCGACUUCGGGCUGAGCAAGGUCAAGAUGGACACCUUCCUCACAGCCAAGACGCAGGGCGGGUCUCCCGCCUGGAUGGCCCCCGAGAUUUUGCGCUCCGAGCGCUGCGACGAAAAGUCCGACGUGUUCAGCUUCGGCGUCAUCCUGUACGAGCUGGUCACGGGCCGGGAGCCCUGGGAGGAGCUCAACCCCAUGCAGGUGGUGGGCGUGGUUGGAUUCAACGGCCAGCGCAUGGACCUGCCGCCGGAUCUGGAUCCGGGCGUGACCGCCCUGAUCACGGCAUGCUGGGCGGACAAGCCCGCGGACCGGCCCUCGUUCAGUCAGAUCCUGGCGACCUUGACCACGUGGAGCGAGCUGCGGCCCACGGCCGAGGUAAUGGAGCGACAGGCGGCGGCGGCGCGCGCGCGGCAGGCGCGGCAGCAAGGUGGCGGCGGUGGUGGUGGCGGCGGCGGCGGCGCGUGAGCCGUGAGCCCGUGGCCGUGAUGCGGGAGCUCUGGGGGGGAGGAGCAGGAGCGUUGAGCGGGCGGCGGGCGGCAGGCAUGAGGUUGACGUCCGUUCUGGUACCUUGGAAGAAGAGGAGCACGAAUCUUUGGGGGCUUGCUGGGCUCGAGUUUAGGCAGGUUGUUGGAAGCAAAGCAGGUGUCCGAGAGAGGGGGCGGAGCAUGCCAUAGAAAUAGACAGGGUGUUGUUUGCGAAUUGCAAUCUGUGGGUGCGAAGCGUCCGCUUGACUGCAGGAGGAUAGGGGCGGCUGGGAUUUCAGCCGAGGCACAGGAUGCGAAACCGGAAGCGUGGCACAAGGAAGGCAAGUAGGCAACGGCUCAGCGCUGUGUUAUGCGCUCACAUCUCCAAGCACGGCCACUCGGUACACAGGUGUUUGCUGUUGUGAGGUACGGCCGCAUGUCCAUUUUCCGUUCCUCCCCCACGAUUGCGUGUGCCAGCAAUGAUUUUCCAGCGGACUGAUUGAUGCGUGUGCGCCUGUGUGUGUGCCAUUGUUGGCGUAUGUGGUGCCAAGGUACUGUGGGUUAGAAACUUUGUUGCUGGUGCCGCCGGUGCGGACACUGCCGCGAUCGAGUGCAUGGCAUGUCGAAGUAGAGGUGCGUGGAUUGACUGCUGCGGAGUCCCGGCAACGUCAGGCCCGCACUGGAGGAGUGCGUGGGGGAAAUGCCUGCGGCCGUGUCGACUUCGAUAGUGUGUGGUAGUCUAGAAGCCAUGGAAACCAAAAGAGCAAGCUGGCUGUGUUUGAGACUCUUGGGUAGAUGGGCGCAUCCAUGCGACCGGUUUGCAGAUCGCCGAGUUCGGGCAGCCCGGCUGAGUUUUGCAGUUUGCGAGCUGGGCCAUGGCCAGCUGUCCCGCAACUCCAAUCACUGCGGUAGAUGUUUAGGUUAUAAGACCCAGCCAGUGUUGAUUGUACUGUUUGGGAUGCGUGGGUGACGCGGCCAGGCAAGCCAGGGUGGGCGUAGGUCACCCGCUCCCGUGACGUGCACAAGCUACAAGCGCCCAACCACCUAACAUCCCCUAUAUGUGGGGCUCGCGGCGCAUUGAAAUCGUGACCUUGAUGAUUCUGUCCCGUUGGUCGUCUGUAUAUAUUCCUGUUUCCACCGCUGCAUCCAUGUUUGAAUGGACGUUGGUCCUAGUGCAUGCUGUAUGGGCUUCAUAGCGGAUGUACGCUGUGGCACUAUCUAAUACUUCAGGAGAUCCAGAGCUACGUGGCGUGGACAACCGCCAGCGCACGGAGUUGAGGCGCAUGAGAGUCAAUGACGCUCAGUGUAACGCGGCGCUCGC